CCCAAAGAAAGUGGCUGGCAGGUAAAGUCCGGUCCUUAAUGGCUUCAUAGCCCAUUCAUACAAAGCACACACUGACAAAAAUUUGCGCAAGACCGGCCAUUUGGGGCGACACCGUAUUUUCUCCAAACUCACCGAGGACAGUCCGACUAAAUUCGCCGCUCACAAUCGUGAUCGCUGAUCCCAUCUCUCUCUGACCUCCCCGAGCUCCCACGGAUCACUCUCAUUGGCCUAAUUGCUUGCGCCGCGCGGGGGGGCGCGUGCAGCAUUCCUUCAGAUCCGCUCGAUAUCGGCAAGAUAUAUUACGAUUUACAACACCCACGUUUCACGAUUGAAUCUUGAAAUAUGACCGACCCCGUUGCCGAUACCCCCGCCAUGGACGAAUUUGCGCAGACUCGUGGCGCCGAUGACCUGUUCGACGAUGAGAUCGUGCCUGUGGCCGCGGCGCCAGAGGUCCCGCCGGAAGUUCAAGCCCUCGAAGAGAACGUCGCAUCGCUAUCGUUAGAGACCCAAACCCCGCCGCCCCGUACCGAAACCCCGUCACGGUCGCGUGGAGGCGAAAGGCGAGGACGUGGCAGAGGAAAGGGACGCGGUGGCAGACAAGGAUCGCAGAAUUCCGCUUCAAGGCGGGGUGAUGGAGCAAGGACAAAGUCCGCUGAUGAUGCCGCCCAGAGCAAGAAUAAUGGAGAGCCCGCCAAGGAUGUGUCUGCUGAAGCGACAGAACAAGCAAAGAAGGACGAUGCAGCCUCAGACUCCAAACCCUCCGCCGAGGCUAAUGGUCAACGCGUGCCAGCGGUGCGCGGCGAUCGGAGUGCUACAGGUGGGAUCAAAAAGCCAAAACUCACAGAGGAGGAACUCUCUCAACGUAUCGCCGCGGCGAAGGAGAACGCUGCCCGCAAGGCUGCCGCCCACGCUCGUGCUGAAGCCGACCAAGCCUCCUUCCUUGAACGAGAGAAGGUUGCCGAAGAGAAGCGACGCCAGGAACGCCAACAUCGCCGUGUGAUGGAUAACGAACGAGAGCGCAAUCGACAGCGAAAACUUCAGGCUCUGGGCGGGAGGGAGUGGGAUUCGCAGAAGCAGGAGGAAGAUUAUAACCCUCGCGGAGGUAGAGGUGGAUACCGACGCGGAAUGCACGGCGGUGUCUCUGGAUACGCUCGACGAGACUUUGGAGACUCGCAGCCGGAUGAAGAGACGAACAAUCACCCCCACAACAGCCCUCGAGGCCGAGGUCGUGGUGGCAGAGGUGGUCGUGGACGCGGUCGUGGGCCACGACCAGACAUUCCACCCUCUGAAGGCGCAACGAAUGAGCCAAGCUCCACCGGUCAGAAACCCGCCCCAGCUCCAGUCAUCGAUAAUGAAGCCGAGUUCCCUUCCCUGCCUGGUGGUAGUAAAAAGGAGAGCACGGAUGACACUGAUUCUACUGCGGCCAAGCUCGAUGCGGUCCUAUCGCCGAUAUCUGCAAGCGGUGCUACAUGGGCGGAGCAAGUCGAGAACAACUAGAUGUCCAGUGUCACGAGUCUAUACUUUUCUUUAAUCAUGUUUUGGAGGACUAUUGUUAUUGCAUGCGGAUUAUUCCCCGAACUAUUGUUAGUCGCUAUACUUCUAAACCAUGUUUACCCUUUUACUAAAAAGAUUUCCCGCCCACAUUGGAUAAUGAAAGACGCUCUUUGCAUCCUAUGA